CGAAGGGCUCCCGAUGACAGGGGCGUCUCGGCGUGUCUCUCCGUCGGGGUGGCUUUUCAACGUCUGUCCUCGAGGUUCUCCCCGCCACCGGGCGAUGCGGUUACCCUCUUUCCGUUUCCCCCCCGUUAGCCUAAGUUGGAGGCAAACGUACGAGCCUGAGCGGAAGAGUUUCUAACCAAGGCGCAGUCGCUGAACAGAAUCGGGGAUUCUGGGAUUGGCGCUACCAUAACCGUGUCUCAGCCCCUAACACACAACCAUCCGAGUAUUUCCAACCUUCAUCCACCACCACCACUACCACCACUCCCACCACCCACGUUGUUGCGAUCGACAUGAGAAUUAUUCUUCUCUUAUACCUAUGCAAUCGUUCCCGUUCAUUCGUUCGUGUUUCACUAUAGGGGAAAAACCAACGGGGGGAUGAACGAGGGGUAUCAUAGGGGUGAAGAGAGAUACAAGGAUAUGAAGAGGGGAUGAUAAGGGGUUAAAGAGAGAGAGAGAGAGAAACAAGGAUACGAAGAGGGGAUGAUUGGAGCGACACCUGGUGGCGCCAGGUCGAUAUGGGUUUUACCUGUAUCACCACUCCACCAUCCCACUACUAGCAACGCCUUGUUCUUUCUUCUCGCAUACACACACACACACACACACACGCUAUACAUAUACACAUAUAUAUGCACACCCCCACACUAAGUUGGUAUCGUACGUAACACUAUGUAUCGAUAUCUCACUCUUUUUCUUCUGGACUCGAGCAGAAUGGGUUAUCCGUCGCGAUAAAGGGAGGACAAUUUUUCCAACGGGGAUGAGCGAGGGGAAAUAAAUACAUCGUAAAAUAUCGAGCAGAACUAUGAAGUCUGCUAACAAUCGGCCACCCUUCUUCCAUCUGGUGGCUACCCUUAUUGCUACCGCUGCUGUUUUUACCUCCGUUUGCGGUGAAGCACCAAUUUCUGGUAGUUACUUACCACCCUCGACCAGUUAUGGAACACCGAAUCUAGGUGGUGGCGGAGGAGGAGGAGGAGGAGGAGGAGGAGGAAUAUCAACGAGCUACGGUGCACCAAGCGGAGGUGGUGGAUGUGGAUUUGGAGGAUGCGGAGGUGGUGGUGGUGGUGGUGGCGCACCAUCUGGUAGUUAUGGGGCUCCUAGUCCUGGUGGAUAUUCUGGAGGUGGUGGUGGUAAUGGUGGUGGUGGCGGAUUGUCAGGCAGUUAUGGGGCACCACCAUCAUCCAGUUAUGGAGCACCACCAUCCUCUAGCUAUGGAGCACCAUCAAGAGGUGGUGGUGGUGGUGGUGGUGGUGGUGGUGGCUAUUCCGGAGGUGGUGGUGGAGGAGGAAUAUCGAGCAGUUAUGGGGCACCAUCAGGUGGAAGGCCUUCGUCGAGUUAUGGAGCACCCUCGAGCGGUGGUGGAUUUGGUGGCGGUUUCGGUGGCGGUUUCGGUGGUGGUUUCGGUGGUGGUGCCGGUGGUGGAAGUGGUGGUGGAUACUCAGGUGGCGGCAGUAGACCAUCGUCGAGUUAUGGAGCACCAUCGAACGGAGGAGGCAGCGGUGGAAGACCAUCUUCCUCUUACGGAGCACCCUCGUUCGGGGGUGGUAGUUUCGGAGGAGGCGGUGGUUUCGGCGGUGGCAGCGGUGGUGGAUACUCGGGUGGAGGAGGAUCUCCAUCCUCCAGUUACGGUGCACCCUCGCGUGGAGGCGGAGGUGGGGGUGGUGGAUACUCCGGUGGUGGACACUCAGGUGGUGGACCAUCUUCUAGUUACGGUGCACCUUCCUUUGGUGGUGGCAGCGGAGGUGGUUUCGGUGGGGGCGGAUCCGGUGGUUAUUCCGGCGGCGGUGGCGGUGGCGGCGGAGGCAGACCAUCGUCCAGUUACGGAGCACCCAGUUUUGGCGGAAACGGUGGUUCCGGGGGUGGUCAAAGUUACGCUAGCAACGGUGGUUACCAAUAUUAAAAUCACGCUAUGUGUUCUACCCGCGAGAUUUGGCAUCCCCCUUCCUGCCUCCCUACCUCGUAUCGCUUUCAUGAGUUUAAAUAGAAAUAAUGGGACGCCAUGGAAAAUACUAUCUACGCCUUGGGACCAAAACCACGAGUUCAUUUUCUUCUUAACGUUGACCAGCCAUGAAACGAAGGGUUGCGAUAUUGGACCGGGCCAAAAUCUCGCGGAAUUCAAUCCGAUCGAAGUCAAACUAAGGAUGGAAGAUAUUUAUCUGAUAAGCCGCCGUCAUUCGUAUUAUAUUAUUCAACUGAAAUCUUUUUUCUUUACGUCCCUUUUGCCAUUUUUUUCUUUUUUUUUCUUUAUUUUAAUACAUUUCAUCGAAUUUGAUAUAUAUAUAUAUUGUUUAUCGAUCGAUACGAAUCCAAACGAAAGAGACAAACCGAUAAUGUUUCAUCGACUAAUUUUCAUUUUAAAUACUAAAACGAAUCGAAAAAUGAUCUGAUCGACGAAUAAGAUUUACGAAUGCAAACAAAAUGAAAAGAAAAAGAAAAAUGGAACCUUCCUCUUCGUCCCUUUUUAUGUUCACAUUAGAAAAAAAACCCUAUCUAUAACUUAUUUAUUUUAUAAAGACGCUUUUUAUACUAAUAAAGUAGCUGUGCUGAGAAAAA